UCACGCUAACUCGUUAAAUUAGCAUCAAUUCGCCGUCACGCGUCAACGAAUAUCGUAAUUACUUCCCCGGGGUGGAGGAAAGAGGCUUAUGUCACUGUUUACGCGACGAUCGCCACGUGAGUGAACACGUGCACGCGUACGCACGCGCAUCCAAUUCCUCCUACGCAAGUGUGUGCGUGCGCGCGCGAGGAUGGCGAUGGAUCGGACGAUGUACGGCAAGGUGGAGCCGGGCGACACUUAUCAGCCCUACAGGAUCACCAUGAAGAAGGGCUCGCCUCCUGGAUAUGCGUUGCUGGCGGACCUACAGAACACUGUGUCGUCGGAGGGAAAUCACGUCGGCGGAGGUAAUGCGACACCCGGUUAUGGAUCGCUGAAUGGUGCUCGCGUCCACACGACCACCGCGUACAGAUCUUAUGACAAUCGAACAUCGCCACUGCCAUCGCAAUCGCCGACUUAUCAGAAUCGCGAGGCGAUAGAGGAAACCAUGGGUAAAACCGGAAAUACGUCUUACACCCAGGCCAGCACCGGAAGCAAGAUGCCUUCCCUCAAUAACAAUCUUUCCGAGCUGGACACCCUCCUGCAAGACUUGAGCAACGCGCGCUAUAAUGCCCAUUAUCAAGAAAGAGACAGCCGCGCGUCUGCGACAGGAGUGAACGGGGGUGCGACCAGCCCCAUGCUCCGUUCUCCAAGUAGCAUGUCAGCCUCUCGACCCACCGUCGACUCGUUGCUUGAGGAACUAAGCACCGCAGUGCCUAACGGAGACUAUCCCGCCGACGGAAAGGUGAGAGUCACCAUACAAGAAACAUCCACGGAGAUACAGCCGGUCUACGACGGCUAUCCCUCCAGUCAGCAUGGCUCGUUGAAUCGAACCGAGGUUCACAGGAGUUACCCUAACGGUCAUACCGCGAGUAACGCUACCAAGGAGCUAGACGACCUAAUGGCUUCGCUUUCCGAAUUUAAGAUCAAUAGCGGUACUCAUCAGCACCAAACGGUGACCGACUCUCCGUACGCGAAGCCAAACAAGGCUACCAAGAGCUCACAGAGCCCUUUGCCCAACGAGGGCACGCAGACCCGCGUUCACAUCACUGAGACUCACACGACCCAUCUCUACCAUCCAGGAGAGAGCCAACCUCUGAAGCAGAAUCAGUUGGAUUCUAUGCUCGGCAAUCUUCAGGCCGACAUGAGCCGCCAAGGUGUCAACACAACCCAGAAGGGAUGCUGCAGCGCCUGCGAGAAGCCUAUCGUGGGCCAGGUGAUAACGGCCUUGGGCAAGACGUGGCAUCCAGAACACUUCACAUGUACUCAUUGCAAUCAGGAGUUGGGCACACGGAACUUCUUCGAGAGGGAGGGUCACCCUUAUUGCGAAACGGACUAUCAUAACUUGUUCUCUCCUCGUUGCGCUUACUGCAACGGGCCCAUUCUUGAUAAAUGUGUGACCGCCCUGGAGAAGACCUGGCACACCGAGCACUUCUUUUGCGCUCAGUGCGGCAAGCAGUUCGGCGAGGAGGGCUUCCACGAGCGGGACGGCAAGCCUUACUGCCGCGAGGACUACUUCGACAUGUUUGCACCCAAGUGCGGUGGUUGCAACCGCGCUAUCAUGGAAAAUUAUAUAUCUGCGCUUAAUAGUCAGUGGCAUCCGGACUGCUUUGUCUGCAGGGAUUGCAAGAACCCGGUCUCCGGAAAGUCCUUCUAUGCGAUGGAGGGACAGCCGGUGUGUCCCAAGUGCGUCGGGGUAGACGACGACGAGGAAGAGGAAGAGCAAGAGGCACAGAAGUUUCAGGGCGGAUCUUUCUUCGAUCAUGAGGGAUUGCCAUAUUGCGAGACACACUAUCAUGCCAAGAGAGGAUCCCUAUGUGCAGGAUGCCACAAGCCCAUUACUGGUCGUUGCAUAACGGCGAUGUUUCGCAAAUUCCAUCCCGAGCACUUCGUAUGUGCAUUUUGCUUGAAACAAUUAAACAAGGGUACAUUCAAGGAGCAAAACGACAAACCUUACUGCCAUGGCUGCUUUGAGAAACUUUUCGGAUAAUCUUUUUCGAAAUUUUUUUUGUAACGUAACGAAACGAGAGGCUGUUUCUCUCGGCAACGUUUUAUUCUCUUGACGAAAUACGUAUACAAUAUAAACACUUACUUGCUUUGAUUGUCUAUAUAAAAGUGCGAGAA